AUGUUAAGGGCAGCAAAACAAAUUCAGAAAUUAUACGAAUUUUUUAUUAAAGUGGAUGCUACACAAAUAGAAAUUAAUCCGUUUGCACAAAUUGAGGAUGGGAGAGUUUAUUGUAUUGAUGCCAAACUAAUAUUUGAUGAUAAUGCCGCUUUUAGACAAAAAAAUAUUUUUGAAUUGGAUACAAAUGAAGAAAUGGUAUUUUUUUUUGAUUAAUUAAAAGAAGUAUUUUUUGGUUAUCUCCCAACAUUAUCCCUUUUUUUUUCUUUUUUUUCUCCUCUAAAAUGGUCAAAUUCAAAUAAUGGCUAGUCAAUAGGUCUAUGCCGACUGACUUU